CCUCUCACACACCCAGAUCAACACUCCGAUGCCACACCAGGAUCAAGACUCGUUGACGCACACCCAGAUCAAAACUCUGACGCACACCUGGCUCCCAGCCUUCAGAUCAUCAAGCAAUAACCAAGACAUCAUCCAUAUUUAGAGACCAGGGACAUAUGGUCCAGAUCAGCAGAGAAAAUCAGGAGAAUCUCCCAGCUCAAAUAAAAAAUAGUGGAUACAACUACUAUCAACAUUACUGCUAGUUAACGGGGAAUUGCAGGUCCGUGCCCAGCAGGGAGCCAGCAGGAGCUGUGGCAUGCUCAGGAGAGCAGGACCCUCUCUGCGUCACUUCUUGCUGGAGAAGAAGAGCAGCACUGGAUAUAGCUCCUACCCCAGUGAGGCAAAAAUGUUGAGGCCAGUGCAAGCUCAGAGGCUGGAGGGAAUAGAUAAGAAUAUCUGGGUGGACUUUGUAAAACUGGCUGCCACCUACUCCAAAGUGAACCUGGGUCAGGGCUUCCCUGACUUCCCCCCACCAGACUUUCUGAAGGAGGCAAUCGUGAGAGCCCUCAGCGGGGAGAAGUACAUGCUGCACCAGUACACCCGUGCCUUCGGUCACCCACCUCUGGUGAAGAUCCUAGCCCAGUUUUUUGGGAAGCUGCUUGGACGAGACCUGGAUCCUAUGACCAAUGUGAUGGUGACUGUCGGGGCGUACCAGGCCCUUUUCUGCUGCUUCCAGGCUUUUGUUGAGGAAGGCAAUGAGGUGAUAAUCAUUGAGCCCUUUUUUGACUGCUAUGAGCCAAUGGUGAAAAUGGCUGGUGGGACACCCGUGUUUGUCCCACUGAGACUGAAACCUUCAAAAGACGGAAAAUUGAUGUCUAGUGCAGACUGGCAGCUGGACCCAGCUGAACUGGCUUCUAAAUUCAGCAAGCGGACAAAAGCCAUCGUCCUGAACUCACCCAACAACCCUCUGGGCAAGGUGUUCAGCCGAGGGGAGCUGGAGCUCAUUGCAGGCCUGUGUGUGAAGCACGACGUGCUGUGCAUCAGCGACGAAGUGUACGAGUGGCUGGUCUACGACGGGAAGGAGCACACCCGCAUCGCCAGCUUGCAAGGGAUGUGGGACCGCACAGUGACCAUCGGGAGUGCUGGCAAAACCUUCAGUGUCACUGGAUGGAAGGUGGGUUGGACUGUGGGACCUGACCGGCUGCUGCAGCACCUCCGUACCGUGCACCAGAACUCUGUGUACCACUGUGCCACCAUUGCCCAGGAGGCUGUGGGUCAGGGUUUCCAGAGGGAGCUCGAGCUCUAUGGGAAACCAGAAAGUUACUUCAUCCAACUACCCAAGGAGCUGCAGCAGAAGAGAGACUGGCUGGUCCAAAGCCUGGAUGCUGUGGGGAUGAAACCCAUCAUCCCUGAGGGCACCUACUUCUUGGUGGCAGACAUCUCCGAGUUCAAGUCUGAUGUCCCUGAUGUCCCCGACUCCGAUGAGCCCUACGACUCCAGAUUUGCCAAGUGGAUGGUCAAGAAGAAGGGACUAGCUGCCAUCCCACUCUCUGCUUUCUACUGUGAGGCCCACAAGAACAACCACAACCAUUUCAUCCGGUUCUGCUUUGCAAAGGAGGAAGCCACACUGAGGGCAGCAAAUGACAUACUGCAAAAGUGGAAACAGGAGAAAACCAGUCCCUGAGCACACUGGAGUGAAAACCAGACUCUCCUUGGCCCUCACCUGCCACAGCUGCUCUUCCUCCUCUUCCUUUGCUUUGCUACAAGUUUUGCUACCUCCUUAUUCUUGUGCUUUCAACUACAUUUUCUGUCAGACAAAUGGGUAAGAGAUUUGCCAGCCUGGGAGUCUGGGGGACACUUCCUGUCACUGUGAAAUGAUUGCACUGUUCCUCACAAAAGGGAGCCUUGGCAUGUGCUCCCAGUAUUCAGCAUUUCUUCUUAGUAUGUUUAAAGACUUUGCUAAUCAGUUUUGAGAUGCAUCCAGCAAGACACAAGGUAAGGCUGGUUCCUGGGGUCUUUUCCACCACCAGAUACCAAACAGGUGCCUCAGGACCUACCUUUAAGGCUAUUCUGGGGGGGUUACUGUGGCUUGUCUUGCUCCACAUCCCCACUCACGUACCCCAGGGCACAGGACAACAUUUCCACCAGCAUCCCACAGCACUGUGCCCGUCAGUGUGUUGAUUCCUAUGACCCUGAAAAUUAGAAAGGCAGUGAAAUGCUAUUUCCCAUCAUUAACGAUUUUCCUUCCCCCCCCACCCCGUGCAUCGCUGAGGAAAGUGACCACAGAAUCAAUAACUGCCUCUCACAAGGAAACAGGCUUUCACCAAUGACCUGACUAUUGCCCAACCUUCCCUGUGCACCCCCCAAACCACCCCUGCUACUUUGUCAGGGCCUGACGAGCAGACACAGGGGCCAGGGAGGGCACAGGGGCCCCCAGGCUGCUCCUGGUGACCCCGCAGCCUCCCACCCGGGGGGGGGUGAUAACACCAGCAGCACGUUGAAAGCUUAAUUCUUGCAUCACUCUCGAUUUCAACCUGGAUAAGAAUGUGAACCAGCAGCAUCAGCCCCACGGGAAUUCUGUGCAACGUGCGUGGCAGUUAAAUUGUUACAAGAUUAACGACUUGCAGUUAA